AUGUUUGACAACUCCGGAGCAAUCAUUCUUACCAUCUUUUUAUUGGCCCGUGUUCCUGGAUGGGUGGCAUCUCAGGCAUGUUCCUACCCUUGCCAGUGUCCCUCACAAGCUCCCCCCUGCCCUCUUGGCAAUAGCCUUUUGCAAGAUGGCUGUGGUUGCUGCAGGGUAUGUUCCCGACAGCUUGGGGAACAAUGCUCGCUGCAGGGACCUUGUGAUCACCACAAAGGGCUCUACUGUGACUUUUCCCAAGCCCAGAAAGACAGCGGCACCUGUUUAGCUUACGAAGGGUCCUCCUGUGUCGUGAUGGGAAAAACCUAUCUAAAUGGAGAGAGCUUCCAACCCAGUUGUCAGCUGAAAUGUAUCUGCAUGGAUGGGUCCAUUGGCUGCAUUCCCCUUUGCCCUGAUGGGGCACAUCUCCCUCCCCUUGAUUGUCCCUUUCACCAGUGGGUAAAAGCGCAGAGCAAGUGUUGCGAAGGAGAGUGGGUCUGUCAAAAGACCCCUUACAAGAAAGUUCUUUUGCCCAUCUCAGUUUACAGGAACAGAUUUGCUCACAAGCCUGAGUUAAAGCUUAAGUCGACACUGAAUGACCUUCAGGUGAACUGCUUGGUGCAGACCACUGAAUGGAGUGUCUGUUCUAAGACUUGGAGCAAUGACAACCCUCAGUGCCAAUUGGAGAAAGAGAGCAGGCUGUGCUUGGUUCGAUUCUGCAACGUCCCUUUGGACCGCAGCAUCAAGAGAGGGAAGAGGUGCUGGCGAAACCCUAAAUCUCGUGAGGCGAUCAACUUUGAGUUCACCGGCUGUACCAGCAUCCACUCCUAUCGGCCAAAAUUCUGUGGCAGCUGUACGGACAAUCGCUGUUGUAUGCCACGUAUCACCAGCACGGUGGAAGUGGAAUUUCGGUGCCCAGAAGGAGAGUCAUUUGUCCGGAAAAUGAUGUUCAUCCAAUCUUGCUCUUGCCACUAUGACUGCCCUGCAGGUCAUGAUGUCUUUCUGGCCAGUUCCCACUGGUCAAUGGUAGGGGACCACUUCAAACUAAAGAAUCAGUAG